GUUAGCGUUAUUGCACAACUAGCAGGGAAUUGUAAUUACAAGGUUGUGUGUUUACGUCCAAAUUUUCCUCGCGAUUUCAUGUUGACUCCAUUCCAUGACAGGAGACUAAGACCAGUCAAGUGUUUGUAGCUGACAGACAAGGAGGCGCAGCUCAAAAUGAAUUUUCUCGUGGAGACUCUCCGCGUGAUAUUGCUGACCAUCUACUACCUCUUGGAAGCUUUUGUAAAACUUUUCAUUACACUUGAGAAGAAGAAUGUGGCUGGCGAGAUAGUGCUUAUCACGGGAGCAGGCGGGGGUAUUGGCCGGCUCCUGGCGAUAGAGUUUGCUACAAUGGAUGUUUCACUGGUGCUAUGGGACAUUAAUUUGGAGGGCUUAAAGGAAACUGCACGUGCAGUAAACGAAAAGGGUGCUACACGGGUAUACUACUACCAGACGGAUUGCAGCGACAGGGCCGAAGUUUACCGAGUGGCAGAGCAGGUUAAGCAAGAGGUUGGAGAUGUCACCAUUCUCAUAAACAAUGCUGGUAUUGUCACUGGCAAGAAGUUCAUGGAGUCUUCAGAUGUUCUUGUUGAGAAAACAGUCAGAGUAAACACGAUGGCACAUUUUUGGACAUAUAAGGCCUUUCUUCCAGCAAUGACUGGCAAAAACCAUGGACACCUGGUUUGCAUUGCUAGUUCUGCAGGCCUCAUAGGCGUUAAUGGCCUGGCAGAUUACUGUUCGAGUAAGUUUGCUGCUGUGGGCUUUGCUGAGUCAGUGGCUCUUGAACUAAUCGCCACAGGAAAGGAUGGCAUCAAGACCACAAUAGUGUGCCCAUACUUCAUCAACACUGGCAUGUUCAAUGGCUGUAUUACGAAAUGGCCUCGCAUGCUUCCCAUCCUGGAACCAGAGUAUGUUGCGAAGAAGAUCAUGAAUGCCAUUCUGACAGACCAAACCUACCUGUUAAUGCCAAAGACCGUAUACCUUUUAAUAAUCCUGAAAAGCCUGGUGCCAUGGAAAGAAGCAGUGAUCCUGGGCAUGUAUCUAGGAGCAUUUAACUUCAUGGACACUUUCAAAGGAAGACAAAAGAAAAAGGAUUAAGCCAUAAUCGUUCAUCUGCCUUAACAUGUAUGUAGUUUUAACAUGAUUUUAUUUAUAUUUUUAUUAUAAAUUGGAACUUGUAAAAUUUUAUUUCAGGACCAAAUGGUGCAGGAAAUGUUAGAAAGGCUUCAAUAAUCAGUUAUGGAGCCUGAUCCUAAUCUAUUUAUAGUUUUACUUAUUUUAGGCUCUAUUGUAUUAAAAGCUUUUAAAGGAGCAGAAUGAGGAUAAAGUAGACUUGAAAGCCUUCUGAGGCUAAUUUAUUGUUUUUAUUCAUUUUUGUCAGUUCUAAACUGUUAUUUGUCCAGUUGAACAUUUGAGAAUUGAUUUAAAUAAGUGUAAAGUGUUGACCCUUGCAUUAAGUAACCCAUACUUUGUAAUAGUUUAACUUGGUUCUAACCCAUUUCCUCAUUACUUUGCUAUACUGUACCAUUUGACCACUAAGCAAAGUGGCUUCUGUAUACUGUAUUCUGUAUACUGUGCUAUUGUGUUAUUUUGAAAGUGGUAUGUACCAUAUACAUCAGAGAGGUGAAUGCACUGUUACAAGAAUAAGCUGAAGAGAAUGCAAAAUCUUGAAACACUUUACAGUGAAUACACAAUGAUUGUUUUUUGUUUUUUUUUUCAUGCAACUUCAAGAAACUGCUUCUCUUUUAAAAAAUGCCUCAAGAUUGUGUAAGUUGACUCACUGUAAUAAUUGAAUUGUGCCCUGCCAACAUUUGAAUCAUGGUCAAAAAUGUGCUAUUAUGCAAAAGAAAUUUCCUCAACAUAAUCCACUGUUCUGUGAAAAUAUUUAGUGUGUGAGAGAGGCUGUAGGUCCCCUUUGGCAUAUGCCAGUUCACUGACUCUUCAUCCAUUCUGUGCUCUAUUUGCGGGUGUUGGGUGGAACAGUCCUCUGCACUACCCAGCGAAUAUUUUUUGCACUCCAGCCAGAACAAAGUCUAGUUCCAGACUGGAUUGUGAAGGGAACUCACAUUAUCAUGCCCUCAACCACAGUUAUUCACCCAUUACUGGACUACAUCAAGACUUUAAAGAACUCUCUUGUUUUAAGGUUCUAAACAAAAUGACUGCACAAAAGCUAGUGUGAUGGAAAAAUACUUAAUAAAAAUGUUUUGUUGAAAAGGUGGUAUCGAG